CUGCCCGGCCGUGCCGUGACGUGUGGCAUUCUGGUUCGAACCGUCGUGCUGUUCGGACGUGUCGUUGUGUGUGCGUCCUGCGAGUGCGCUUCCCGAACAUAUUUCACUUUACCCGUGCGCGGUUGGUUUUUUGUUGGCAGUGUUUACUGAAGACAAGUGGUGCUCCUUAUUUGAUCCAUACCUUGGCGUGUCUCCGCAUUUUUGUUCCCCCGGAACCAUGGGUAUCAAAGACAAUCGCUGUGCCGAGAGCAAGGAAAUGAGAGAAAUGGCAUCCCGCAUCUGCAGAGACUAUCUUCAUGGAGCUUGGAAGCAGAUUUCAUCCCGUGAUAUUGUGCUUAAGCGCAUUAGUGGUGGAUUGAGCAACUGGUUGUACCAUGUUUCUCUACCCGGUGGUGAACAAGCUCCCCGUGGAAGUGAGCCAUCUCAAGUUCUUUUGAGACUUUAUGGAGAGAUUCAUGGUGGAGAGCAAGGUGUUGAGGGUCUUAUUACUGAGUCUGUCAUUUUUACACUUUUGUCUGAAAGACGGCUUGGACCACGCUUGCAUGGAAUCUUCCCUGGUGGACGGAUUGAAGAAUAUAUUCCUGCCAGACCACUGAAGACUGCAGAGCUUGCCGACCCAAAAUUGAGUCCCAUGAUUGCAGAGAAAAUGGCAGAAAUUCACUCAAUGAAUGUACCAAUCAGCAAGGAACCAAAUUGGCUUUGGGAUACAGCUAACCGGUGGCUCCAAAAUGUUAUGGUGACUUUGUGUGACCCUGCACCUCAUACCAAUGCUCAGAAUGCCCACAUAAUUUCCCGCCUUACCAAACUUGACCUUGCAGCUGAAGUCAAGUGGCUGAAAAAAUUUCUGGUCAGAGUUAACUCACCAGUUGUCUUUUGUCACAAUGAUAUGCAAGAGGGUAACAUUUUGUUGGUUAAGGAGUGCAGCCCUCCAAGACUUGUUUUGAUUGAUUUUGAAUACUGUUCGUACAACUACCGAGCUUUUGACCUGGCCAACCAUUUUAUUGAGUGGACUAUCGACUACACUAUUGAAGAGUUCCCGCACUUCAAAGCUACUCCCAGCGCUUAUCCAACACCUGACCAGCAGUUGGCAUUCGUCCGGGCGUACCUUCAAACGGCUAGACGGCAGAGAGAGCACAACUGUGGCGGAACGGUGGAUGCUCUUCCACCUGGCCAACACCCUACGGAAGAAGAAGCUGCCCUCUUGAAAGAAGUGAGGGAGUUUACCCUUGCGACACAUCUCCUCUGGGGAUUGUGGAGUAUCGUAAACGCCACUGUAUCACAGAUUCCGUUUGGCUAUUGGGAAUACGCUGAGGAACGUCUUAAUAGUUAUUUGGAGGCUAAAGCAUCUUUCACAUCUUCGUCUGAUUCUGUGGGUGUGAAGAGGAAGACCGAAGAUAUUGAUUAAGUUCUGCAACAUUGAUAAUGUUCUACAUAUUGUAGAAUUUUUCUUGUCUUUUAAACUGUGAUGAAUAUCAGUAUAUUUUCGUUUCAAUUUAAUUCUUGGCAUCUAAGAAAUGCACUGAAUCUCAGUAAUUUGCUAACUCUCACACAUUAGUAAACUUCAUGUGCAUUUUACACAGCCCCUUAAUUUAUUUCUUCAUUAGUUCAUUACAUUCAAUGGUCAAAUCGGUUGGCCUAUUCUAUUUAAUCUCUUUAUUGGGAUGAACAAAGUGAUAAAGAAGACAGAUGUGUGAUAGUGUAUGAAAUAGGAGGAGGUAUGUUAUAAAAUACAUGUCGCUUUUCUGUGUUUUUCUGUUUGUAGUAUGUGUGGUUGUGUGUGUAAAUGUGUGGACAUCCAUGAUAAACUCUAGUGAUUGUGUGAUUCCAUUAAGCAUGUUCAAUGUUGGGCCUGAGUGCCAACAUGAUGCUUGUGUACCUUACUAUCUUUAGAGCUAUGAUCUUAUUUUGUACUAGAAAAUGUUGACGUGUGAAUGAACUUAGCUUUAUAACGCUCUUUUACCUUGUAUUCGCAUAUCUUUUAUAUUUGUUUUAAUUGGUUAUGAUUUUAUAGAUGUGAAGCAAUCAGACUAAACUGUCUGAAAAGAACCUCACUGCUGUUACUGGAGGAUGUGAUACAUAUGUGAAUUUUGGAGAUAGCAGGCAAAGUACCUUUUUAUGCUUUUCUACUGUCCAUUUAUUUACUUGCUAUCACAUUAGUAAUUUCUUUCCCAUUUUAAAUGACCUGUCCAUAAAAUUAUUUUAAUGCGGAUUAUGAGUUGAGUGUUAUAUUUGUCAGUGAGGGCCAAGUCUGUGAUGUGUAUUAUUAAAGCUCUUUUUUAAUGCAAAACUUAAGCAUUUACUGCCAGUUUUUGUUUGAGAAGAGGUUGUUAUGUAUGAGUGUCCUACUUUUGUUACCUUUCCUGUGUGAGGAAAGAAAAUGCUUUAUUUUAGUUUAACUUAAAGUGCACAUUGCGCUGUGAUUUUGCAACAUACCUAAGACAUUUUGAAUGUCCAACUGUAGCAUUUACAGAGUUGGAUUGUUAUGGAACAGACAGUAUUUGUUUUUAUGUGUAUGAGACAGGUGCACUUCUGUACAUACAAACUGAAAGCACCCCUUGCACAUUUUAAAUUUGCUCUGCAAAAUCUAUUAAAACAAUAAAAUCCAGAUUAGAUUUUUUUUUCUUUCAUACUUAAUUACUGACACAUACUGUGUUAAUGGUUACAAAGUCAUUUAAAUUAAUUUUGUCUUUAAGAAUAUUUAUCAAUUAUUGAAGUUAAUAGUCGACAAAGAAAUGGGCAAUUUUAUUUAUAGAAUUCAUUAUUGUUCCAUUAUUAUGUGCUGUUUCUGAAUUUGCCCUUUUCCUGUGUAUUGUUUGUUUUCGUCUUGUAGUAAUGUUUGCAUUUAACUUUUUGUACUUAUUCCAAUAUUGAUAUUUAGUUUGAUGGAGGAUUGCUACACUCUUUUUUCAAUGAAAGAUUGUUUAACAAUUUCUAUUUGAAUGUAAAUUACUUUCAUCAUGUUUAAAUUUUGGGGUGCAUCACUGUGAUGGCAGAGCACCAUCACCAUCAUUUUGUGAACUAAUCAAUAGAAUGGUUGUUGCUUGAUUAUAUUUUAUUUUUUUCUUCUAUUCACAGAUUUUAGUCUUUUUUAUAAGUCUUUUCAAUGCGUGCACAAUUUGUUGCUUUUAACAAUGCUGUUUUAUUCUAGUACCUGGUUACCAAGUUCAAAAUUAUUUUGGUAAUAAUGAAACUGUUAGUGUGUACAGCAUAUGCUUCAACCUAAAGUGUUUGAUGAUGGUGCUGAGUGGAAUAGGUGUGGUCCAAGUAAAGGCUGCAUGCACCCCAGUUUCUCUGAUUUGUGAGCUUAUUAUCUGCUCUCCCUGAUAUGAGACUUCUGAACCAUACCAGGGAUACUUAUUCUUUUUUGCAAUGUAAAGACAUUGUUCAAAAGGUCUGGAUCUCUUGUAGUCCAAGCACUUUUGGGAGAGGUCGAGUACAGAGAGCAGGGAGGUGUGUGCUCUGUACUGUUCUAUUCGUAAGACUGACAUGGUUCUGUCGUAGUGUAAGUUCGCACAAGGCGAUACCAGUCAUAACUCUGAUGUGUGUAAUCAGCAGCUGUUAAAUGUACAUUGAUAUCAAAAUAAAUCUUUAUAUGCAAAUAAA